AUGGCGGAGCAGGGGGAGGAGGAAGCGGGGGAGAGGAGGUUGAGGGGGCCGGAGGAGGGGGAGGGGGAGGGCGGGAAGGGCGACGCGAGGAGGGACGGGGUGGUGAGGGAGGUGAUACGGAUGGAGAGGGAGGCGGUGAUCCCCGUGCUCAAGCCCAAGCUCGUCAUGAAGCUCGCCUACCUCAUCGAGCAAGAUAUGGAUCGUGCGGAGUUCCUAAAGCUAUGCAAGAAGAUUGAGUACACCAUCCGAGCUUGGUAUCUCCUACAAUUCGAGGAUUUAAUGCAAUUGUAUUCCCUGUUUGAUCCUGUUUCUGGUGAGAAGAGGCUGGAGCAGCAAAACCUGACACCUGAAGAGAUUGAAACUCUGGAGUUCAAUUUCAUGACAUAUCUUUUCCAGAUUAUGGAAAAGAGCAACUUCAAGUUGUUAUCUGAUGAAGAGUAUGAUGUUGCACAAUCUGGAAAAUAUCUUCUGAACCUUCCCAUAAAAGUUGAUGAGUCUAAGCUAGACAGUAAGCUGUUGACAACAUACUUUAAAGACCAUCCACAUGAUAAUCUGCCUUCAUUUGCUAAUAAGUAUAUUAUCUUUCGUCGGGGCAUUGGAAUCGACCGUACAACUGAUUACUUUAUCAUGGAGAAACUGGAUGUGAUCAUAUCCCGAGCUUGGAGCACAUUGCUCAGAGUUACGAGGAUUGAUAGAUUGUUCUCAAAAAAACCACAGGUGAAGUCCAAGAAAGACACAAAGAAGACUGAUGAUAUUAAUGAAGACACAGAAGAACCAGAACUAUUUGUCGAGCGUAUUCGGCUAGAAAAAAUUGAACUAAGCAUGAGAAAUCUGAUGAGCAAGAUGACAAUUCAAGAACCUACAUUUGAUAGGAUGAUUGUGGUGUACAGGAGGGCUGGUAAUAAGACUAAGCCUGAUCGAGGAAUAUUUGUAAAGCAUUUCAAGAAUAUCCCGAUGGCUGACAUGGAAAUUGUUCUUCCAGAGAAGAAGAACCCUACUUUAACACCAAUGGAUUGGGUCAAGUUUCUUAUUUCUGCUGUUAUUGGUCUGGUCACUUUAUUUGGUUCUCUUGAAAUGCCGAAGGCUGAUGUAUGGGUUGUCAUAGCAAUCUUGUCUGGUGUGAUAGGAUAUUGUGCUAAGAUCUACUUCACGUUUCAGCAAAAUAUGACAAUAUAUCAGAAUUUGAUCACAAAAUCAAUGUAUGACAAACAACUUGAUAGUGGGAAAGGAACACUACUUCACCUGUGUGAUGAUGUGAUACAGCAAGAAGUUAAAGAAGUCAUAAUUUCUUACUACAUCUUAAUGGAACAGGGGAAGGCAACUGAACAAGAUCUUGAUUUGCGUUGUGAAGAGCUAAUUAAGGAAGAGUUUGGUGCAGAGUGCAAUUUUGAUGUUCGUGAUGCUGUAAAGAAAUUGGAGAGGCUUGGUAUUGUUCAUCGGGACUCGAUUGGAAGGAUCGUUUGCGUUUCAUUGAAGCGUGCAAAUGAGAUAUUAGGCAACACUACUGAAGAACUGGUGAUGCGUGCACAACAGAGCCCAACUGCUUAAGUCUCACGUUGGACUGGAAUGUGCUUCUCAUCUUUGUGUGUAAAGCACGCUUGCCAUGGCGCAAUUGUUCAUCCUGAAAGAGCCCUCCUCAUGUAUUCUUGGCAGUGUACCAUAUGUGUGUUCUGUAGUCAGGUUUUUAUUUCUUACCGGCUUGUUUUAGUUUGUAACUAUGUCAUGGUUCAGUUUAAAUGGGUUACAGGUGGUUUGUACAUAAACUUUGUGUAAUAAAACAACUGUACAAAACCCACAUAUCUGCCUUGGUUCUUUUUACUGGCAGGUUUACAAGUCUACCAUU